AUGAAUAAUCUUCGAUAUGGCUAAAUUGUAAGAAUUCAGGGGGAUUUCGGGAUGAUAGUAACGAAAGGGUAUGGUUAUCGCAUAAUUGUGAUAGAUACACCCAGACUAACGUUUAUUAUAUGACUUACACUAAUUUGUCCAAGAUAAGCAAUUUUCGGGAGUCUUUAUUUUAAGUGCUUCCCAAGGGGAGUUUCGAAAUUCAUGACGAGUUUAUGAAGUCUCAAAAGAAGUAAGUGAUAAAGAGUUAUCAAUAUUAGAGCAAAUCAGGAUCUCCUGGAUUAACGAUUGAAAACAGAGUUGAACCAAUAUUUUUCCUUUGUUGAAACAAAAAUUGAUGAGGAGGUUCUGUUUGGUUAAGAAAUAGUAUUGAAACAUUAUGACUCUGAAUACUUUUUAGUCGGAUCUUACAAAUGUUCGGAAUAGUCAAUGGAAGCAUUUCAAGUCAGUCUAAGCAGUAAACCCUCCAGUUAGGCAUUAUUUAGAAUAGAAGCACAUCAAACAUAUCAGAAGGACGGCCAACCGAUAUAUUUUGAUGAACCCUUCUUAUUGGUCAAUACCAAGCAAUAGUUUUGUUUGGAUUUUAUUGAAAAACCCAUAUAAUGGUUAGAUGACGAAAGUUGUUUGGCUUAUAUUAAGAGAUUAAAGGAUGUGCAAAGAUAUUAGGUGAUCAUUACUAAUAACAGUAAGACUAGUUGGAAAAUGAAGUUGUUUAUGCGGAAUGAUCAGAGAAUCGAAAAGAAAUCCAUAAGGAAUUACGAAUUAAUCUAUUUGUAAUACACUGAAGAUGGGACGUAUUUGAAUGGAGAAUAAUAGAUUGUUUCAUUAUAACAAGCAGGGACACACAUUCCAUUGGCAGCCAUUUGGGAAUUGCAAGUGAUAUAACCCAUUUGUGAUUAUAAGCGCAAUCAACAACCAUAGCUUAUUAAAGAAAACUCAAGAGGCUCAGUCUUCUAAAACAGCUGUGACUUUUUGAAGGAUUUUUCAAGAGUGGCACCAAGAUAGAGAAGUGUCGUCGAUUAAUAAUAAUAAGCAUAAUCCCAAGUCAAUAAGAAAAUCCCUUAGUAAGAAUUCAUUCUUCGAAACUACAUCUCGGGUAAAGUACUUACAUCUCGAGAUUAACUGCCUCAAUUGCAUGAAUACAUCUAGGAAACCAAUUAGGUGGUCGAAAUCUUGGCUGCAAAAUAAGGUUAACAGGAAAUUGUAGAGAAUUCCUAUAUACAAAUGUCUAUCGAUAAGGAAAUAUUAUAGAAUGUUUAAAUUGAGGACUAAUGGAAUGAUAGCAUCAAAGAGGAUGAGGAAUUGGAGACGACUACGAUAAAGAAGUAAUUGGCUUUUGAGGAAAAAGAACAUUAGCAUGCUUUUUAAAUCAAAAAGGUUAAGGGAAACAUAAAAAAUAAUUUAAUGUUUGUUUUGUCAGCUCAGGAGGUGCUUUUUUAAUUUGUUUUGAUUUUGAAUAAACAAGUUGAUGUCAUUUGGAAAUUGCUUCAUGUUUAAUAAUUAUCUUAGGUAGUCGAAGUGAUAUAACAAUUGAUUCAAUUCUUACAAUUUGAGGUAGCCAAUCGCCAAUAAUGCAUAAAAGAAACGUAUAUCAUUGAUUUGGCAAUGAAAAUCUUAGUGCCCAUUUAUGAAAAGAAGUUGUAUGGCAUUGAUGUUAAGAAUUUACAAAAAAAGAUGAAGAAAAUAUUCAAAUUAACCUACUAAUUGAUCAAGGAGUUAACGUAAAAUAACAAAUAACUGAAGUAAGAUAUGGGAAAGUAUUUGAAGGACUUUUUAGAAUAGGCUAUGGAUGAUGAAGCAAGAGCCUAGGAUAGUUUGAAGGAGUUAUUAGAAGAUAAUUAUGAAUCUAUUCAAAGGUUUGUAACUGAUGAUCAUAUUCAGAAAGUAUUUGAAAAAAUGAAAUAAAAUCCUAAUGAAAAAUAUUUAUCCAUUUUGAGUAGUAUUUGUGUUUGCAAAGGAAGAGCUAUAUUAAAAAAUCAGAAUUUAAUUUUAAAAUUGGUAUUCCAAAGUAAUGAAUUGCUGAAUUUCAAAUUUAGAUUGAAUACCAAAAACAAAGUUGAAGUGCUUUGCAGAAUCAAUAAGUUAAAACCCAUGUGGAGAAGAAUACGUUAGAUAUAUUAAGAAAGUCAAGAAUACGAUGGGCUAUAAACUUGGAAUUACUUCUAAGGCUAUUUCAAUCUUUUAGGAGAUGUGUGUUAUAACCGAAAUAAAUUAUCAUAAGAUUUUGUUAAAGAAAAUAUAUCAAUUUCUAUUUUAUUGGCCUUGGUUGAAGAUAAUCAUUCCCAAUCCAUAAAUACAUUUGAAUCUUAUUUAAAGGUUAUUCAUUUAGCUUUUGUAGACACUCCUGGGUAUCAAUCCCUUGUGAUUAGUAAAGUAAUAGAUUGGGAGGAGAAUGAGUUAAUAUAAAUAGAGAAAAGGACAUCCAUGAGAAAAUUUAGUAGUUUUGGAGGGCAUAACAAUUAGUUGGCCUAAUAAAAUGUGAGUGAUCUCAACAAUAUCAUAAAGUAUGUCCAAUAAUUUAUCACUAAAUUUACUCAUUUUACUUAUGAUCAGAAAUACAAUUAGACUCUGUAAAGAGUAUUAAUGAUUAUAAAAACAUUAUUGACCAUGAAUUUGGAAAUAGAUACUAUGCAAUUAUUAUAAGAUUUGCUGAGAAUAUGUUCUUGCCAAAAGGAUUUCUAAAGUUUAGAAGAUUAAAAGGGAGAAGAGAAUAUCAAAAAAGCAAAAUAUAGAAUGACUAAAGUAUCAUAAGAGAAUAAACCAAUUAUGGAAUGCAAGAUGCUAGCAUCCAAUAUCAUCUUAAACAUUCUGGAUUUAGAAAAUGAUAUUAGGAUAAAUUAAAUGGUAGCUUAUUUCAGAAACAAGAGAGAAAGUGAUGAUACAAACGAAUCGGUGAACAAUACACUUCCCAAAAAGGGAUUAAUCAGUGGAAUGGUAGAUCUUGUGCAUAGAUUUUCACAUAAACCUCCUGAAGAAUAAUAACAAUUAUUAGACAACAAUAGUUCAGUAUUCAAAGACUUUGCUAAAAGUUUGAGUGGUUCUAAAGACAAAACUGAAUAAGAUUCCUAUAACAUUCCUUAAUGGAUUUAGGUCAUUAAAGAUUUAUUAGAUAAUAGAAAUUUAUUCAAAAAUUUCAAUAAUAAUGUGAUUUUGGUUUUUGCUGAAAUUUCUUUGAUGCAGGAACCAAAGAUGGUAGAGACUGCUUUAUAAUUAUUUAAUAGGAUGCUUGGUCAGAGAAGAGAAUUAAUAAAGCAUUUCUCUUAAAUUGUUUUACUCUCGAAAAAUUGUCAAAAAAAUGUCAAAGAAUUGAUUAGCAAAUGCAUUCAAAUCAGAUAACGAUUAGAGCAAUUGAGUGAUAAGAAUGUUUACACUAUAACAAAAGAGAAUCAAAGUACUUCAAACAUUUAGGUGGAUGAGAUUAUUGAAGAUCUAAACAAGUUGUGUGUUUCAUUGAAAUUGCAUAGAUUUCCAAGUUAGGUAGUGUAAAUUUCCUUGGCUUUUAACGAGUGCGAAGAAAAUGAUAAAACAAAUUAGACUCUAUUUAAAGCAUUGGAUAUGCAUCAAACAUUAGUGGCUUACAUUUCUGGAGCAGAUGAAAUAAACCCAUAUUUGUAGGGACUGUUGAAUUCUUGUUACAAAUUCUUGACUCUUUUUAUUUGGAAUCAUGCAACCAAUAAGAUUGAAAUAAAAUGGCCAUUAAAAUAAAUCUAUUGUCAUUUGCAAUACAAUUCUUGCUGCAUUGAUUUUGUUAGAGAACUCUACCAUAACAACAAAGAAUUACUAUACAAUGAAAAUGAAGUAUCUGUGGCUAUUGGAUCUAUCAUUCAAUAAAUGAAUAAGGAAAAGCCAGAUAGUAUGUACAGGGUCAAGCUGUUUGAUUCACUGAGAGUUUUCUUGUAUGAUCACAAUAAGACAAUCAAAUUUAAUCAAUUGCAGAUUCUAGCUUUGCUGCAGCAGAAAUAAAACAGGAAUUUAAUUUAUGUUCUCAAUGAAUUGCAAUCUGAUUUUUUAAUUGAUUCUAUAAAUAAACCAGAAACGCCUUUGCAAAAGUCCAAAGCUUGGGAUGCUGAGAGUUUUAAUGAAUUAAUUGACGAGUACAGUGCUAAUUAUGAGAAGAUAGAGGAGACAAAGCUAAUCCGUAUGCAACCGCAACUAUAAUACAUGAUUAUUCACUUUGAAAUAUUCAGUUUAUUAGUUGAAGAUCAGUAUAAUUAUUAGACAUAUAUUUAGUAAUGUCAUUAAUCAGGAGAAAUGUCGAGUCAUGCACCCUUAUCAUUCCUUAUUAUUUUUGUUAAAGAAUUCGUAUAAAAGUAAUUGCUGGCCAUUGUAGCACUUUUUAAGAAGCUACAUCAAUCGUCUUUAUUAUAAUAGUCAGAUGGAAUUGAUCAGUUAGCUUAGCAUCUAAGAAGAUUUAGAGGUAAGAUUGAAACUAAUUAUAGAUUAUUCGACAUCAAUUAGAUUAGAUUCUAUUGUUGAAAGGGUGCAAUUAUAUAAAACAAGUAUAGAUCGUUGAUGGUGUUAGAUUUUAAUUUAUGUUCUCCUACAUCUUUGCAUGUAUGCAGGAGACAUUAUACUCGAUCAAUCUGUUAUUUUUAAAUGAUAACUUCUUAUCCGAAUUGGAAGGAUAAUUAAGCAAAGAGAUUGACACUCUUAAGAUCCAUCAAUUGUUAUUCAAGAUUGCAGGUCAUUUAGUUUAGAUUCAAAAAAUGUGGUUUAAAUCAAGUCAUAUAACUCAUCUGUGCCAAGUGCUGAUAAACAUAAUGAAAAUAGUGUUUAGAACCUUUGACAAUAGUGUGUUGUUGAGAUUAGAAAAGAUAUUUAAUGAGAAUGCUAGUGAAUCACAAACUACAUUAAAAUAAGAAGAGAAAUAGGAUACCGAAUAAAAUGAGUAGAAUGAAUAGGAUGGCAUAAUAAAUAGAUUACUAAUUGUAACUGAAACGAAAUUGUCAUAGGAUGAAAAGAUACAAUCGAAUCUUUAACAAACACUAAAGAGGAUCUUCCAUUUGAAAUCCAAAAAAAGACUUUCAGUAAUAGAAGAACCUGACAACAAUGUAGAAUUGAAUAUUAGGUUGAUGAAGUUAAUUAAAAUAUUCAAUGAGAAUGAGGAGUUUUAAGGAUUCAUCGAAUAAGAGUUUAAUAAACUCUGUAGUGAAUUCACAAAAAUCGAUGAGUUUUCUUUGGAUGCCUAUCAAACUUAAGAUCCAGCAAUAACUUUGGAAGAAUUCUUAAAGAAUUUAAUCUAGAUGAAUAUCACUCAUAAAUUGAAUGAUGAUUUGAGAAGCUACUUUUUGAAAAUAUUAACUAGAAUGAUAAGUGAAAAGAAUCCCAAUAUCAACAGCUAAGAUGAAUAGGCAAAGUUGGCAAUAGAUGAAUGGGAACCUGAAUUUUGGAGUGAUUCCAGAUAAUAGAUUCAAGAAAUACAAUGCUUUUUGGCUGGAUGUGGAGCAGCUCAAUUGAUUUAUGAGAUGUUUAAGGAAAAUUUUGAUGAUAGAUGGGAGUUGUUCAAUUAACUAUUAAUAUUUUCAAAUGCAUUUCUAUUAGGAGGUAACACUAAGUGCUAAGACUCUUUGCUUCAAUUGUUGAAAUAGGAUUCAUCCAAUUAAAUGAUGAGCAAUUUGCAAUAAUCUAUUCUUAAGUUCAGCAAAUUUGUUAAUACUAAUUUCAAGAUUCAAAAGUCUAAAUUUUAGAAAGAUAAAUAGAAUCCAUUUCUAUCUAUUGUUUAUGUGGAUAACUUAACUUAAUUUAGUGAAAAGACUGAAACUCUAAAACGGACACUGCCAUCAGCCAUUGAGAGUUAAAAUACUAUAAAGAAUAGAUAAUUAUCAAUCAAAGUGAUGUGGAGAGCAUUUAGAAUGCUGUAAUUGAUGUGUGAGAACAAUAAUGUUCAUAUGAAAAACUACCUAAGGGAAUAAACCGAUAAGGAAGAUUCAGUCCAUAUCAAUAGUAUUAACUUUAUAGAGUUUGCCACUAAAGAAUUGAGAAUAUUAUUGAAGAUACUGAAUAAGAAUGUAGUGUCAAUAACUUAGCAAAUAGUCGAUUUUAUAAAUGAAGUCAUUCAAUUGCCUUGCUUUUUAAAUUAAGUCACUUUAUGUAAGUCAACAUAUAUGGAAGAUGUAUGUUUUACAUUUGAAACAUUUUAAAAGGAGGAAAGCCAAUUAAUUCAAAGGGAACUCCAUACUCCAGAAGAAUAGGAUGAGUUAUUUGAAUUAUAAGCAAAGAUUAUUCAAUCAAUUAUGUUGGUGCUAGAAGGGAAUAACCAAAAAAACUACGAGGAAUUACAAUAGAAAUUGGACUGUAGAUUUUUGGUUAAUUUCAUAAAAUUAAUUGUUUAGAAGGUUGGCAUUGAGAAAAUAUUUGAUUUUAAGAAAGAGGCUAGAUUCUCUGAUGAGAUUUAACAAAUGUUGAAUGUGUUCAUAAUAAAAGAGAAAAUAGAAUAUGUUAGUAAGGAUUAGAAGUGGGUUAAGCAUUUUAAGUAGGAAUUUGAGAGCAAUCCAACUUUAAAAGAUAUUUAGACUAUGUGUUUGAAUAACUUAAGAAAGAUUGAAAUUUUCUAUGAGAAUGAAUAUUAAAUGGUAUUCUUCCCUGCUCAUCCAGUAUUUCAAUUUUUAAGUGAUGAAACCAGGGAUAAAAUAAUGUUCAAAAUACCAAGAGACACAUAGAGAAAGAAACUGAUAUCUUUAUUAGAGGAAAUGGAGAUGAUUUUCAGCGAAAUCAGUUAUAAUUUUAGUUUAUAAAAUUGGAUUCUACCAAUAACACAUAAGACAAUUCAACUAUUAAUAAAUAUUUCAUAAUUAUUGUCAUUAUUCAUUAAUAUUUUUAUGAUAUUUGCAUAUGCAGUAAUGAUAAAAGAUAAGCAAUCAACUUUAGUGACAGAUGACUAUGAAGAGGCAACAUUGUUUAUUUUAUCCUUAUUGUAAUUUGGCUUCAGUUUAUGUGCAUGUACAUUUUACAUAAUAAGCAGGGCAUCAUUGGAAUUCAAGAAACUCAAAUAAGAGUAAUUCUCUUUGACUAAGAUUCACACCUACAUAAUAUCCAAGAUAUCUAAUUUAGUGAUUGUGUUCAAGAGUGAAGAUUUCCUGUCUCACAUAUCGUUUACUGCAAUUGCAUUUAUUGGGUUAAUUUCAAAUACAUAUUAUUUUUCAUUGCAUUUAUUCUAUUUGUUUGGAUAAUUAUCAUUAUUGCAAAGUGUAUUUUAAGCGAUAUCUCACAAUGCAAAAUAACUAUCUUUGGUAGCUUUGCUUGGAGUGUUGUUCUAAUUUGUAUUCAGUAUAGUGGGAUUCAAUAAUUAUGUGGAUGACAUAUAUCCAGAAUAAGUUGAUGAUCCAUGUCACAGUUUAAUAAGUUGUAUGAUCACUUUGAUGACUUCGGGAGUGAUUGGUAGUUCAAUGGCAUAAUGGGAUCCCUUGAAAUUCAUCUAUGAUACAGUUUACUUCGUGUUCUUUGCACUAUUGUUUACCAAUAUCAUCUCAGGUAUAAUGACUGAUACUUUUGCGUAAUUGAGAGAUCAAAGAAACCAAAUAGAGGAUGAUAAAAAGAACAAAUGUUUCAUUUGUGGCAUUGAUAGGCAAACACUUGAAAAACAACAAGAAGACUUUGAAGAGCACAUAAAGAGUAAGCAUUUCUUAUGGAAUUAUGUUUUCUACAUUUAUUGUCUGUAAAAUAAGGAUUCAACGGAAUACACUGGACUAGAGUAUUGGAUUAUGGAUAAGGUUCAAUCUGAAAGUGUAAGUUGGUUUCCAAUCAGAUCUGAGGAUGAAGAUGAUCGUACCAAAUAGAUUGAAUUAUUAUAACAAAAAAUUGAGGAUCUUGCUUAGUAAUUAAAGACAUAGUUGUUGCAAUAAUAGAUCGAAGAAUGA